GCGCUCUUCCUUCCCGCCCUUCGUAAGCUACGCUACCGGCGUAAAGGAGAGCACAGAGCCGCUUGGCGCUAUCCAUACGUAAACUGCGUAAGGGCGAUAUGCAGAGAAAGGACGGGCGGAAGGGGCGGGAGGAGGCGGCGGAAGGGAACGCAGCGUUCCGGGUCGGAACGGGUCGGAACCGAGAGGGUUCGGGGCCGGGAUAAGAGAUAUUUUUGAAGAAAUCAAUAUCUAUGUACUUCUCAGAACCUGAAGAGGUGGCAGAGAAGGGCCGAGCAAAGCUGCCCUUCUAAACACUCAGCAUCACAAAUCACUGCAUUUCCAAUGGUGCUUCCCAUAAUAAGUUAACACAUCUAUGCUCAGAGGUAAAAAUGGCUACAGAAGAGAGGUGGAAAAGUUCAGCUUCAAAACAGCACAGUGGGGCUGAACAACAAGCAGGAGGAAAGGAAUCGUGUGUGCUGCUGAGCCAGCAGCUGGGUGAAGCAGAAAGGUUCACUUAUGCAGCUCUCUGUGGGAUAUCCCUGGCGUGGCUGUUCCCUGAAAAAGAGCAAAGCUCCUUCAGGACAGAGUUCAUUGAGGCCUUGGUGAAAUGGCUGGACCUGCCUGAUGCUGUCUUGCCUACCAUGACAGCAUUUGCUAGUGGCUUAGGAGGGGAGGGCACAGAAACUUUUGCCCAGCUUUUGCUAAAGGAUCCCACCGUGAAAGAUAACCCUGUUGUCAUUACCCAGGAUCUUUUGUCCUUCUCUCUUAGAGAUGGGUACUACGAUGCACGAGUAAGGGUGUUGAUCUGCCACAUCAGCUGGCUGCUGCGAAUCCCCUUGGAGGAGCUGGAAGUCCUGGAGGAAUCUCUGCUUGAAAGCCUGAAGGAACAAACAGAGGAAGAGUCAGAAACUGCAGAAGUCUCAAGAAAAAAGAAGGAAAGAAGAAGGAAGCUGAAGAGAUACCUGCUGAUCGGCUUGGCAACCGUUGGAGGUGGAACAGUGAUUGGCUUGACAGGAGGCCUUGCUGCCCCUCUGGUUGCUGCUGGGGCUGCCACUAUCAUUGGAAGUGCAGGAGCAGCUGCUCUUGGUUCAACUGCAGGGAUUGCUGUCAUGGCAUCCCUUUUUGGAGCUGCAGGAGCUGGCCUUACUGGAUACAAGAUGAAGAAGCGUGUGGGAGCCAUAGAAGAGUUUGAAUUCCUCCCACUUACAGAAGGAAGGCAGCUUCACAUCACCAUAGCAAUUACUGGUUGGCUGUGUGCUGGCAAGUAUGGGAGCUUCACAGCACCAUGGAGCAACAUGCUGCAUUCGAGAGAGCAGUACUGUCUGGCCUGGGAAUCCAAGUACUUGAUGGAGCUUGGCAGUGCCUUGGAUACCCUGGUGAAUGGUUUUGUUAACAUGAUGGCUCAGGAAGCCCUAAAAUUCACUGUUUUGUCGGGUAUUGUUACAGCCUUGACUUGGCCAACUUCACUCUUGACUGUUGCCAAUGUCAUUGACAACCCCUGGGGAGUGUGUCUGCAUCGGUCUGCUGAAGUAGGCAAGCACCUUGCACAUAUUCUGCUCAGUCGACAGCAGGGCAAGCGACCUGUCACACUGAUUGGCUUCAGUCUUGGUGCCAGAGUCAUCUACUUCUGUCUGCAGGAGAUGGCUCAAGAAAAAGACUCCCAGGGGAUCAUUGAAGAUGUGGUCCUACUGGGAGCUCCAGUGGAGGGUGAAGCCAAGUACUGGAAGGCGAUCACGAAAGUGGUGUCAGGAAGGAUCAUAAACGGUUACUGCAGGGGGGACUGGCUGCUGGGAUUUGUUUACAGAACCUCUUCUGUCCAGCUCAACGUUGCUGGCCUCCAGCCAGUCAAGCUGGACGACAGGAGAAUGGUAAACAUGGACCUUUCAUCUGUAGUCAGCGGCCACCUGGACUACAUGAAGCAAAUGGACGUGAUUCUGAAAGCUGUGGGCAUUAAAACCAAGGAGUGUCGGCAGGAGGAGAAGGGCAGCGUCAGUCUUUUCUCCCCUCUAGCCAAGAAAUCACAGCAGGCAGCAGGCAGUGAGACUCAGGAAGAGGAAAACACUGUGCAAGAGGAGGAUGGAGCUGACAGUGACUGCCAGGCACCCACAGCCAGCACCAGUGUGAGCUGUGCACUAACACAGCCAGUGAGUGCUGGCACGAGCAGCGAUGGUGACCUGCACCCAGGAGAUGAUUCCUUGGCCAGCUGUGCUCACCAAGAGGAUUCCCCUGGAUCUCUCUUGGCAGAGAGCUCACCUCCCUGCCCAGCCUGCCCCAGCAGUGUGAAGCAGGCAGCGGGUGAUAGCACAGACUGAAAUGAAUCUCCAAACAUUCUCUCCUCACAGCCCAGCUGCCACGUGCAUCGUGCCCAGCAUCAGCUGCAUGGAGCCAUCCUCAGCCUCCUGCCCUACACAGUCUGCAGAGCUUCCCAUGCAGGAUGUGAAUUGCUGCCCUGCAGCUCCCUCGGCUGCUGCGUGGCUGGGUGGGAGGCAGCAGAACUGUCAGCAAGCCCAUACUUUGCCUGGUCUGUGUGGAGGCCAAUUGCAGCUCUUUGUGACCAGCAGGGAUGCUCAGCCAGCACUAAAACCGCUCUCAAAACACAAUCAGUAGAGCCCACAGAGCUGAGCUGCAGCUUUCAGGCCCUGUUGAGGGCCCAGCACAUGGCAUCACAGUGUCACUGGAUCACAGCUGUCAGAGCAGUCUCCCACUGCUCUCCCAUUGACAAGAAAAAGCCAAUUCUGGCCCAAAUCAGCACAGUUCCUCAGGAAGCAGUGCCAGUCCCCUCACUGAACAAGCUCUUUUAUUCUUGAGUGAAGCAGCUGCCACCAUUAGGGAUCAUGGUUCUGGUAUUUAGCUCUUGGGAAAGCAGGUGGCUCUGUUGGUAUCUUUAAGCAUGUUGUGGUCAUUAAAAACAUUUUUCCACUUCAGCUCUGCUAAGCAGGGAGGUGAAAGGAUGGGAGCCUCUGGCUGCCCUCCCUGCUCUGCUGCAGGUUUGCUACCAUGGCUCUGACACUUUCCAACCUACAAGGUUGUUUCCCUCACUGCAAACUGAGGGCGAUGAGUGUCUGAGACCUCGUUACUACAAGGAACAUGCUUUGAGUCCCAUAGGUGAAAAAACAGCAGAAAACAGAGUGGGCUUUUUAUGACUUAUUGCUUUGGUGAAGCUUCUUCCUUUGCAAACCAUCAACCCAUAGAGACUUUCAUCUUGUGUCCCACACACAUCUCCAGCCUUAAAAGCCCCCUCUAGUUAUAUUUCUAAUUGGUUUAAAAUAAAGCUAAUACUUGGCAUAGAAUUAACACAAACCUCUUUGAUAUCUCUCUCCUUUCAUAAAGUAAAUUGACAUCCGCUCCCUUUUUCCUCAGCCUCAACCUGGAGGGACUCAGCUUUACACAAGGUCCUUUUCUAACUGAUUUUGCUGCUCAGCCCAAGAAAAUGCAACUUAGUAAGAACGUGGCAAGAGGAUAAACCCCCUCCUGUGAGCACCUCUGGGUUUUUCAGUGUCAAAACAAGCGUUGUAUGGUACAAAUACCUUCCCACCUCCUGAUUUGGAAUGUCUCAUUGACUCAGUGCAAUUACAGCUUGUGUUUUUGGCUCACUUGGAGCCCUCCCUGUGCCAACAACCUCCCCUUUCUUUCCCGAGCUUUCCACACACCUUACCUCCGGAUUAUUUCUCAUGCAGUCGAACACGCAGCACAGCAACACAGGAUGAAAAUGAAAUGAGACUUCGCCUGCCGUGUGGUUUUCUUCUCCUUGCUUCCCAUGUUGGAGGGACUCUUUGGAUCCACUUGUGUAAGUGUGUGCUUCAGGGGGGCAGCCAAAACCUCAUGGUGGGGUACCAGUCCAAGAGGGGCACAGCGACAGCCUUCCAACCCAUCUCUGAUCUGAAAGGCACUUGAGGAAGAAUUGGCUGAAGGAAUUUGUUGGUGUUUAUUAAAUGCCUGCUGACUGCAUUGGAAGAUUAAAAAAAAAAAAGUCUUUUCUAAUGGUAUCGUCUUCAAAUUGAUGGGUUGUCAGAGCAAAGUGUGAUGGCUGUAUGCCAGAAAUAGGAAGCUGUAGGAUGAAAGCUAAAGGAAAGCUUAUUUCUUUCCUUACUACUUGUCAGGAUACCCGUGGAGCCACAAACAAGCUGAACACCCACGCCCUUGUGGAGUAUCCAGAAAGCAGCGCUGAACAUUUCGCAUCAGAUUUAAUCCCCCAAAGCUCAGACUGCUCAUGAUUAAAGAGGAUGGUUUCAGCGUGCUGCAAGUCACACAGGAAACUGACAGAUACAGCCCAGACCAGGCGAGGAAAUUAAACCCCCAGUAAACACGAUGCGCUGUGGACUGGA